GGCGCAAGAAGCUCCCCCUUUAGCUCCAUGCUACUCCAUGUGAUCCAUGCACUCCAUGCCAUGCGAGCCGUGAAACCUCAUAAAUUGCUCUGGUGUAUCAUGUUAUAUUUUGUUUUGAAAACACAAGGAGCAACUACGAUUUCUCAUCAUCGUAUCAACAUCGGUUUCUUUCUACUAGGAGAUUCAAAGGGGCAUCGCCUUGGUCUUGCUCAGCUCCAGCAUCGAAUGUAGGAUGAGUAAAAUAGAAAUGAUCUGAUUGAUGUUACAGUCGUCGCGAUGGUAAGAACACAUUAAAGAUGAAACAACCUGGAUUUGCUUUUGGACUUCCCAACCCAACUUUUGAACUUUUUGUUUUUCGCAAAAAAAGGGGAUGAUGAAAAGUGCUUCAUGUGAUUAGUUCAAACAAUAAAGAUCGAUGGCCAAAAAGAUGCUGCAAGAAAAUAUGCUGUCGUCCCUUCUUCUUUACUAGAUUUAGAAGUUGCGUCGGUUAUGUCUUCCCCAGUACACUAGUGCUAGUCGUUAUGUAGAGUUCUGUCUUAAUUGCUGUCUUGUUUUGUUUUUCUGAGCUUGAGUCGAAGUAUAAUUCCGCGGCUUGCUCUUGUUAUUCUCUUCGGUAACUCUAUAAUCUCGUCCUUGGGCAUUGUAACUAUCCUCCCAAUGAUAAUGUAACCUCCAUUUUGAUGGUGGGCCCAGUUGUGCUGAUGUUCUGAAGGGCAGCACUGGCUGCGCCUGGUACCCUAACAGUAUGGGCUCCAGCGCGACUGGUGAUCUUUUGGGAGAUCUCUUUUCAUCUUAUUUGUUCGUACCGCCAACGCCUUCUCUGGCUUUCGCGGACGAGCUUGCGUCGUACUUUCAGGAGCGCUACCUGACUAUUUUGCUCGCAUUGUCUUUCGCGCUACACCGAUUCGGCGUGCUGAAUAUCUCGAAUAUCGUUUGCAUAUUCUUCGUCUGCCUCUUCAACGGUAUUCGAGUCGUUCGGGAAGACGGGCCAGUAGCCGUGGUCAACGCACUUCGAAGUGGAGCGUUGCUGCUUCGUAGCGAUAAGAAGUGCAAAGGAGGAGCUAUAGACGAAGAAGCAGUGCCAAGGGUAGAAGAAGCUUCUACCGAGAGAAUGCCGAAGCAACUGCGUAGCGAAGCUGAGGAAGGAGCUGGAGAUGCAGCGAUCGAUGAGGGUGACGAUGGCGAUCAUGUCCAACAUAGGGCAACGAAAUCAAAAGGAGGUCUGUGCGCAACUUCCAACGUCGGUGGUAACAUGGAAAGACCAUCCAUCAGUUGUCGCGAAUCAGCUUCCAACUCGGAUCGGGUAGACACAUCAAGCACCGCUAAGGAAGAUGGCCGCGUUCCGACGAGUGCAGAUUUUCUGAUAGGUGAGUCCGAUCAUGGUGUCGAAGAGGAGGGUGAUCCGGAUACCCUUCCCAGACUGCGGCCUACCGAGGAGAGUCAGAAGAUUAUUGUCGAGUUUGCGCGUCAACAACGGGAUCGGCGACGCCGCUCUAUCCGAAGUCUUUUCAUGCAAGGCGAAGAGAGCGCACUAGGCAAUGCUUUUACAAGUGCCAAGACACCCUUGUCACGUUCUUGCUCAACGCCGUGCAGUUCCGUGGAUUUGCAUUGUUUCCGCUGUCGUGGCAUUAUGUUCCGACCUGUGACAUUCCUCCGCGGAGAGACUGUGUGUCGAAUUUGUGCUGAAGUCGAUGGUUUUUCAGAUUUUGGCGAUGGCCGACCGGAUGUCGACGGUUUUGGGCAGAAUCUGAAUCAUAUCUUGGAUCCAGUCUGGCAACGACAUCCAGAGUAUGCGCUGGCAGGUCGCCUCUUCGAGGACAUGCUGGCGCUGAAGCGGAACAACACUGCCGGCAAAGAGCCUUGUGCAGCUCAAGCAGUAGAUCAAAGUGAGAGCCACAGCCACAGGGACGCUGUUUCUGUCCUUCAGAAGCGGCUCAUGGCAUCAAGGAAUUAUGCUGACAAUGAAAACAUGGAAUCUGAAGAGGACAAAAGUGCCGAUCUUGCGACGACAAACGACUUUCACUCGUCUAGUGAUGGCGCAAGCGACUCCUCUGAAGCAAUGUUUCGGUCUGUGAGGAGGUUGCGAGGAGCUUUCCUACGGCUCGAAUGCGCGGCAAUGAAGAUGAAGAGGACGCACGGAAAGCGCAGUCAUGAACCUUCCGAGGAAGAAUAUAACCGUGAUCAACAAGAACAGGUUUUACAGCAGUGGUUCUCCGAUUUCUGUCGCGCAACUGCUCGAACGUUGAAAACAAGCCAGAGACUUACCACGAUAAGCUUCCAGAUGGAAAGGACGACACUGAUUUCUACUGGACAUCCGGUGGGUGUUUUCACUGACGCAGCAGAGGCACAUGUGCAGUGGUUAUGUGGUCAGAUCGAAAGAGCACAUGCUCUAUGUGGUGAACUGUGCCUGCGUGAUUUACUGAAACAUCGUUCGCGAGAAAAUCUGGAAACGUCGCUUCCAGUGGAGCUAAAUUGGCUUGUCGGAAUGAGCGAUGGCGAAGCGGAUAUUUUGGCAGGUAAAAAUACGAAAAGCACUGGUAGCACAGUUGCAGUUGGAUCGAUCGCUAGUCGUGUCGGUGGGGCUGUCCGUGACACCUUUCUGAACUUUCUCCGCAGGGAAGUAGCAGGUCUCGAAGAACGGGAGGAGGGCGGCAACGCCAGAGCCGUAGCCGCUAGCAACGAAGACUCCUCUCAGCAGCCUGUGGGAUGUGGACCUACAGAGGAUCCAGGAAAUGACGUCGAUGAUCAUGUUUUACCGAAAUCGGCCGUAAGGUGUGCACCUGCAGACGAUGCGCUCAUGACAGAUUCGAGUUGCGCAGACAAAAGUCAGAAAGCGCCAGAUUUCUCACCAAGGGAAGACGAAGGAGCCAGUAAAUCCGCUGCAGAGAUCUUCUCCGUCCUCUUACGUGCGCUUGUUGGAAAUUCCGCUGCUGACGCGAACGAUAGAAGAGGUGAAGGCGAGCCGUUGACGAAGCGAGCAAAACUAGUUCUCAACGAAAAAACGGAGGAUGGAUGCAUGGCGCGGAAGCGAGCUCGCAUUCUAGCAUUUCUCUGCGAGAAUCUCGCACGCUUUGAUUACCCUUUCGUUCCAGCAUCAUCAGGUGCUACUGCGCCAAGAUCUGACAUGGAGUCUAGUAGAAACGUCGAAGAUUAUGGAUAUGGAUAUGGGUAUGGCACUAACUUGUUAGGCAACUCUGGUUUGAACUUGGGGGAGGACGAUCUACAGUGCCCGGUCUGCGCGGAUCUACUCCUCGAGGCAACUGCUCUUCCUUGUGGUCAUGGCAUGUGUCGCAGUUGCGUAGCUCGACAUUUGGAUCACGCUCUGCAACGAGAGCCUAUCUGUCCCCUGUGUCGGCACCCUCUUGGUGGCUUUGUAGAGUAUUUGAACAUCACGGCCUGUGCUCGUAAAACCUACGGAGCCGAUCCGCGCGUUCUGUUGCCCUGCACUGCUGUCGAGAGCCUUAUUCGUAUUCGUUUUCCAGCGGAACGGGAACAGCGAAUACGCGAGGUCAAAGCUCUAGAAAGCAGCUCUUCGACAGCUGCUGCAGCUGAGAGUAAUGGACCUUUCUACGUUUCGCAGAACAGGACGACUGGACCUGCUGGAAAAAUAGCUCAGCCCGCAACUAUUUCGUCAGAGCCAAGCAUCGCAAAAACAGCGAGUCAUCAUGAAACAGGCCGCGGCGGAUCCAGUGGACAUGCGUCGGGGAGAGCGCUUCGACCAGAGGGUGAAGCGCAAGGUGAAUCAGGGAUGAGUGUGGGAGACCCUCUUUUGGCCAAAGAUGUCUCUAGAGAAGACGCGGUCGGAGAGCAGGACGGCACUGUGCAUGAACGUGAUUCAUCUCGAACGAACACGGCAGUCGAAGCACAAACGGCAGCUGCGUCACGAGAUUCUGGUGAUAUACUGCAUCCAAGCGUUUCAUCAGGGAAAAACGACAAUGUUGUCGUCGGUGAACCCCGUAGCAAAGAAAAUGAUGAGGCACCACCUCCCGACGCACAGAUCGCUGUCUUCGUGUGUUCUAUCGCCGUGCCAGGCGUCACGUGCAGUCUGCAUGUCUUCGAGCCGCGGUAUCGUCUCAUGAUGCGGCGCUGCCUCGAGGCCGACGACCGAGUAUUUGGAAUGCACCCUUCGCCGGACCUUCCUUACGGCUGUCUCGUUCGAAUUCUGGAGUACGAACAGCUGCCUGACGGACGGUCCAAGGUGGAGACUGUCGGUGUGCGUCGCUACAAAGUGCGUUCCUGGGGUGAGAAAGACGGCUACUCAACGGCACAAGUUGACUGGCUACUUGACGUUGAGGAACGAAAGGGUCAUCGUGAGACCGCCGAUUCGGGUGCUCAAAAAGAGGGGCUAGAUGAUGAUCAUAUGGAUUUAGCAGACAGCAACUUCUAUGGCGCGACUGGCAAAGGUAACAGUAAAACUGGUUCCAAUGACAUGAAAAAUGAGGAAAAUGAAGCUGCAAUGUUCAAAAAUAGUAAGAAUACUGAUGUGAGCAUUGUAGAAGAGGAUGCAAGCAUGCAAAAGAAACCACAAGUUACCACAUCAAGAAAGAUACAAGAUCAGCAAGCAGAAUCGAACGCACCAACUACAAAAACGACUUCAUCUUUUGGUGGUAGCGGCUCAAGUAGUUCAUCUUCGACAUCUUCUGCUGAAGCAGCUACCUCCGCUGUUGUAGCACCACAUCCAAAGACGGCGAAAACGGGUCCAGCGGUAAGGACCGUCGCCGCGCUUCGAGCAAAAGCGGAAACGGAAUUCGAAAGACUCAAAAAUCAAAAAGCGAUUGGUUUUCACAUGUCGUCGCACGGGCAAAUGCGGUGGCGAAUAGUUUCUGGUGUUGAAGUGCUACGCGAGCGAUACGGCGACCCACCCGGGAUUGGACAGGAUGACAAUUUUGUCUUUUGGCUUUUUUCCUCCGGUCUACUCUUUUCUCGACCUCGGAGACCCUUGGAAGUCUAUUCUUUCGCUUACGGUAACGACGAAACACGCACAUCAUCCGCAAAACGGUUCAAAGUGAUCUACGACUGUUGCAUCGAUACUUCUUCCUGA